GCCUUAGCAACGGCCGGCUCCUCCCUCCGGUGUCGCCCGGAAAGCGCUCCGCCGCGCUCGCGUUCGCGUUCGUGCACGAGCAGGGCGGGCGCUCGCCACGGGCUCCCGGGGAGCGGAGGACGCGUGGAGCUGAGCGAGGACCGCGGGCUGGCAGUGCACCUACGAUAAUGUGUUGUAGAAAUAGAUGUUAAACUUCGGUUUGAAUGAAAAAUGUCUCUCAGCCCACCUAUAUUUCUCAAAGAGAGGGAAGAAAAUAAUUCAAGAUUUGUGGAAAUACAACAACCACAAACUACUUCCAUAGCUGCAGAAGAUCCUCUUCAAAAUUUACGCUUAGCAUCUCAAGAAGUUCUUCAGAAAGCUCAGCAAAGUGGAAGAUCAAAAUGUCUUAAAUGUGGUGGUUCAAGAAUGUUCUACUGCUAUACAUGUUACGUCCCAGUUGAAAAUGUACCUAUGGAGCAGAUGCCACUUGUGAAGCUUCCACUGAAGAUUGACAUCAUUAAACAUCCAAAUGAAACAGAUGGCAAAAGUACUGCUAUCCACGCUAAACUGUUAGCACCUGAAUUUGUAAAUAUUUACACGUACCCUUGUAUUCCGGAAUAUGAAGAAGAGGACCAUGAAGUUGCGCUCAUUUUUCCUGGACCUAAGUCUGUCUCAAUAAAAGAUAUUUCUUUUCAUCUGCAAAAAAGGAUUCAAAAUAAUGUGAGAGGCAAAAAUGAUGACCCUGACAAGCCAUCUAGUAAACGCAAGAAAACUGAAGAACAAGAUUUGAAUGACAACAAGUGCAAAGAGACAACACUGAAAAAAAUUAUAUUUAUAGAUAGCACCUGGAACCAAACAAACAAAAUAUUCACUGAUGAGAGACUUCAAGGGUUGCUACAAGUUGAGUUGAAAACAAGAAAAACUUGCUUUUGGCGCCAUCAAAAAGGAAAGCCAGAUACCUUCCUUUCCACAAUUGAAGCCAUCUACUACUUUCUGGUAGACUACCAUACUGAUAUAUUAGAAGAGAAAUACAAAGGACAAUAUGACAAUCUUCUAUUUUUCUACUCUUUUAUGUACCAGUUGAUAAAGAAUGCCAAAUGCUCUGGAGACAAGGAAACAAGAAAAAUUACUCAUUAGUUUUUAAGAAGCCACUUUUGUUUCUUUAUUUUGUUAAAAUCAAUAAACUUGUAAUUGUG